AUGGCUGAUCUUCUUCACAAAAAUUUACCAGCUGAUAGAAGUUCUACUUUCUUCGCUAUGUUUUAACUUUUCAGCUUUGAAUACUGUUAAUAAUGUUAACUUCUGCUGGAGCUCGUACUUUAAGGGGUAUUGUGAGAGUUAGUCAUGGCUUUCUGCAAAGAAGGAGGCCGCUUUUUUGCAGGAAUGAUAAAGCUUUUCUUCGUACUUCUUCACUUGGACACACCACUUCUAGUAUUUUCGUUAAAGACCUUUGCACUAGGUUAGAAGUAGGAAGCACAAGAAAGCUGUCUAAUGGCAAUAACACUGAAGAUGUAGAGUUAGCAAGGUGUGUUGAAACACGACAAGAGACUCUUUGUGAAGGAAAUAAUGAAAAAAUCGCCGAAGAUAGUCAAAACAGACAGGGGGAAAAUCUUUUUUCGGGAGAAAAAAAGUCUUAUUUUUGUAGCAGCAACAUUUGUAGCAAUGAAACGCCAAGCAAUAGUAAUUCAGACUCCAAAAAAGACUUAGAUUUUGCAAAAAACAUAGACAAUAUAAGUGAAAAUCAGUACCCUAUUUCAGACUCACCUAGAUUCCAGCUUCCAGUUGAUUGGAAGCAAAGCAAAGAAACAUCUCCAGGUAUCAAAUUUCAAGGUGAUAUAUAUGUCAUAAAGAACUAUAAAGACGAGAUUGAACACAAGGAGAUUUUAGAGCAAUUCCUUGAUGAGGAUGUUUUAGGUUUUGACACAGAGCAUUGUCCUGUCGAGCAUCAAGUUUGUGUUGUUCAACUUGCUUCUCAAGAUAAGGCAGUUCUUUGGCAAUGUAUGAACUUCAAGAGAAAAAUUUCUCCUUAUUUGAAGGAAAUAUUGACAGGAAAAGUGGCUAAGGUUGGCCAUGCCUGCGUAGAUGAUGCCAUCAUGAUAUCCAAUCAGUUUAAUAUAGAGCCUGUAAACUUGAUUGACACAUACUGUUGGGCGAGAGACCUGCGUUGUUCACAUAAAUCACUUCAAGGAGUGUGCGCAAUAUUCCUUAAUGAAUUCCUCUCCAAGAAACACCAACGAUCUGACUGGAAAAAAGCUAUUUUGAGUCCAGGACAGAUCCGCUAUGCUGCCACUGAUGCGUGGGUAUCACUGAGAGUGUACCAGGAGAUGAAAAGACAUGGCGAAGAGCUAGGAGUGACUUUAACCCCAAUCUAUGAAAACCUACAAAAGUGGCAGGCUGAAGUUAAAGAUAACCAACGGCGAAGACGGAAACGGCGUAGAGAGCGAAUAAAAGAACGAAAGCAAGAAUUGUUAUCUCAGAUUGAAAGUGUGAAACAGAAACAGAAUGAAGAAAACAGCAAGGAAAAUGAGAAUAAUGAAGCCGCAAUCAAACAGGCUUCGAAUCCUGAGGAACUAAAUAAAAGGAAUAAUAUUGAGAAUACAGCUCUAGAGCCUGAAUGCGAGGGUAAGGUCAGUAUUGCAAACAAGGUAGGCAGUAGUCAAACUGAUAAUAUACAUUCUGAACGAGACGAACAAUUAAGUGAUGACGUAAGGGACAGCAAUGGCAAACAAAGCAAAGGAAGUAAAAGACGAUUGAAUAAAUUUUUGGCAAAAUUUCACCCUUUAGAAUGAAAACAGUUGAACACCAUCCAUUUUGUAUUAUCUGUUUUUACGACAACAAUAUAAAAAAAAAAAGGUUCAGGAAUUUGGUACUUUAGGAAAAAAUGUGGAAGCAUCAUUGCAAUAUUGUGACAAAAUUGUUCUCUGUCAGGGACUGUAAAAAGGGAGGCAAAGGGGGCACUUCAUGCCAUUGUCUUGAUUCAACAAUAGGUCAACAGAUUCCUAUGAUUGCUAAAUCUCUAGGUGGUCAAAAAAUAUGAUUUUUUCUUUAGUACUAAUGUGCUGAUUGAGACAAGUUUACGACUAAGAGAAUAUCAGAAAAAUUGUUCUGUACCUUUACAAACUGUAAUUGAUAGCAGUGAAAAAGUGCUAAAGACCUUACUUAUAAAUUCUAACCCUCGACUUGGGAAUAUCGUCUUCAUCAGAUAGUGUUUCAUCUAGUGAGCCAGUAUUUACAGAUAUAAUAGAAAGAAAACUUUCAAUCAAAUCUUUAUUUAGUUAAAGAGUUUUGAUAAAUAAAAAUAAAUACUAAUUUAUAUUA